UCUCUCCACCAAAACCCUAGGCGACCACACCGCACCAUACCGCCGCCGCCGGCGAGAACCACCGCCUCCCUACGCCUCAGGUAAGGUAGGUCGGCCGCGGCGCCGCCGGAGGAAGCGCCUGCCAAGAUGCAGAUCUUUGUGAAGACCCUGACGGGGAAGACCAUCACGCUGGAGGUGGAGUCCUCGGACACCAUCGAUAACGUGAAGGCCAAGAUCCAGGACAAGGAGGGCAUCCCCCCGGACCAGCAGCGCCUCAUCUUCGCCGGCAAGCAGCUCGAGGAUGGCCGCACCCUUGCCGACUAUAACAUCCAGAAGGAGUCCACGCUGCACCUGGUGCUCCGCCUCAGGGGCGGCGCCAAGAAGCGUAAGAAGAAGACCUACACCAAGCCGAAGAAGCUCAAGCACAAGCAUAAGAAGGUGAAGCUUGCCGUGCUCCAGUUCUACAAGGUAGAUGACGCCACCGGCAAGGUCACCCGCCUCCGAAAGGAGUGCCCCAACGCCGAGUGCGGCGCGGGGACGUUCAUGGCCAACCACUUCGACCGCCAUUACUGCGGUAAGUGCGGCCUCACCUACGUUUACAACCAGCAGGCGUAGGAUGCUACGCUAUUCCGUUGGGAGGAAUGGAAUGACAAGUCUUGUUAGAUGAUACUCCCUUUUUGCCGUAUGGACACCUGCAUCUGUCAUGGCGAUUUUUACUUUUUACUUUUUUGUUUUCAUGAUAUCAUGUUGUCGAUCCUAAAGCAAGCACUGUUGAAUUCGAAUCAUGUUUGAGUUAAUCUUUC